AAGAAUCAGAAGGAAAAAUCGAUUAACGACCAUCGUUUUUUCCCCUCAAACUAUUGGCAUCUCUCAGUGUCUCCGUCUGUCUUCUGAUUAUCCUCCUAAUCGAAGAAGAAGGGCAACCAAAUCCUCGCUGUACGUCGACGUUUUCUAAGGCAUCGAAAUCUUGGUCCUCCGAAUUCGUGGUUUUUCGACUCUUCUCGGCGCUCCUCUCGAUUGAUUCCGAGGUCUAAUCUUCGGCGAAUCACAAUCCGACGGUGGCGAUAGCGUCGGCGCAGAACCAAUCGGCGAAUGUGGAUCUCUUCGAUGCGUAUUCCGACGAACCGGUUUGGACCGGCCGGAUUAGUGGCAAUGAAGCCGUCGCUUUCUUCCAGGGCUCCGGUCUCCCCAAACAUGUCCUUGCGCAGUCCAGAUUGAUAGAAUUACUACCCAUCAUGCCACAUGAUCUUUGAUGGAGCGGUUUUGGGAGGGACGCCCUCUUCCAGCAGUGCUACCAAGCAAUGUUAUGUUUGAUUUAUCCAAUAUUUUUCAACCUGCAAAUAAUCACUCCAAUGCUGGCAAUGUAGCCUGGAGACCUGCUUCUGGCUUUCAACAACAGCAACUGAUGCCUGGUCCUGGUGCUUGGCACGGCAACCCCAGCUGGAGGAAGGCCACCGAAGCCAGUUGCUCCUUCUCAUGCUGAGGAAAAUCAGCAGGCCAAUCAGCAGGAACCUAGAGUACCAGAAUUGGAGAAACAUCUUGUAAAUCAAUUGAGUACAGAGUAGGUUAACUCACUGAACUCAAAGUUCAAAGAAGCAACCGAAGCUGAUAAAAAAGGCUGGCAACCUGGCAUCCAAGAAGGAGCUGCUGACUGUGAUGAGGAUUGGGAUAAAUUUGAAGACAAAGGAUUCACUUGUGUCAAGGAGCUCACUCUUGACGUGUCAAAUGUCUUGGCACCUCCAAAACAGAAAUCAUCAGUUCAGAAAGAAAAAGCUUCCCAAGUUGAGAGUCCAACAACUGCUUCUUCACCUAAAGUUGAUGUAAAGUCAGAAAAGCCUCAAAGUACAGAUGCCAAGGUUGUUGAAAAUGGAGCAGCAUAUGAUAAAAAUGAGGAUGAGUCAGCAAAAAGUGCUCCGAACAAUCCAUUUGCCAGCAGUACUGUUGGAAGCCCAUCUAGAGAAUUUUCAGAUUCUAACUAUGGAAAGACAACAGACGCAGAUGCCUCACCCCGUGAUGAUCAUGCUGGUGCUGGGUCUAUGUUUUCUGGCGACAUUUAAAGGUUCCGAAGAACCAGCAUGGGGGAUAUUUGACACUAAUGAUGACGUUGACUCGGUGUGGGGUUUCAAUGCAGUUAGUACCACCAAGGAUAUGGAUCAGGAGAGUAAUAAGGAUCACUACUUUUCUGGCCCUGGGGAGUUCGGCCUCAACCCUAUCAGGACUGGGUCAUCACAAGGAGAGACUCGGACCCAUUUGGGUCUUCAGGGCCUUUCCGAAUGUCAUUGGAGACUCCGAGGAAAGACUCUGAUCAUUGGAGUGCAUUUUAGUCAGCUAGUUGCUCUGCUUCGUUUUUGUGUCUGCUAUUCUCGGUUCCAAGCCUUUCUAUCAUGAGUGUUACGGGCCGUGGCCAUGUUUUAUGCUUAUAAUAUGUCUUUUGUAUUUCAUUUAUUUGUGUAUGCAUCUCACUUCGUCUUCAUUCUUUUUCCUUUAGCUUAUAAGCUUUCUUCGUAAUUUUGGAAUGUUCCUAGUUCUAUUGAAGCGAAGACCCCAAUAGUUUUAUCGCUGUUACAAAUUUGAUGAUUGUACUAUUAAACUGGGGCUGUGCCUUUCUUUUUA